AUGUCGAGACCCUCGGAGAAUAUUCAAGGUUUGAUGGAGGGAAAGAAACUAGAGCACAGUACCUUUGACAAGUCAGAAGUGCCGGUAUUGGCAGGAAAGAAAGAAUAUGGAGCAGGAUUUCGUCGCUUAGAGAAGACAGGUGAUCGACCUGUCGCGCUUCUUCAGCUACACGCAAUCGUUUUGGCGGUGCAACUUCAUUUGUCCCUUACUCAAUAUACGAGACAUAGUUUCGAUACUGCUUACACUGGUCUUAAGGCAGAGCUCGCCACGUACAACGCGCGCGUCAAGGAUGCCGAGGAAAGAACUGAAAAAGCUGAACAGGCUCACCAGAAGGCGGCGGCCGAAGUUCAGAAGCUAAAGCAAGAGAUUUCACUACUACAAGAGCAACUAAGACAAGAUGAGGCCCUCACAAAGGAGACUGAAACGGCCGCCGAAAGUGCACUUCGAUUAGAUGAGACAUACGAACCAGGGCAUGUCCUUGGGAAUAAGGCACUCUCUGAACUUGACGCUACGGAUCUGAGAAGGAUAAGUGAUAGAUAUACCGAACUAUACCAGCAAGCCACGAUAAUCGUCCAAGCGUCGGGGAAACUUAGAGGUCUAGUCAAACGCCACAAAACCAAGGUUGCACGCCUGAAAGCGCUACUUCAACGUCAAGAGCCUACCUCCGUGCUUGAUGGAAAGGCUUCUGAACCCUACCGAGGUUUUGCAAUACCAGUGAAUCUGUUGGAAAGACCUGAACUCCAAAGGCCCACAGCUAAUUUACUAAAUGACCCAGCCAGGGCUCCAAAAAAAAGAGCGCCAUCCGGAAGCCCCCUCAGCCCUACAUUUGAGAAGACUGGGAAUCAAAGCUGCAGGAGUACAAAGGACGUGUGCGAUGGUGCAAGCGAAAUUCGACUGCAAGAGAGACACCAAGAAUUACUGUCCACGCCAUCAGAUGCUUCGACAGACGAGUUACCGGCUAUAGGUGGUAAUGGUUCAAAUGUGAUGGUUGAAACUUUGAAACGAAAGCGCGCCGCUCCGGAGCAGUCAGAACAAAAAAGCAAUCCACUAUCUGGAAGCUUAGGCAAGGGCGAUUCGCUGCAACCUAUUCUGGUCAAGAGUGAGACUCUAUCAUCUAGCCCUCUAAUGACUCAAUCUCCUCAGCCAGGACCGUCUGGAACCCAAGAUCUGGACGAUAUUGGUGGCACUAUCGUUACCCCCACGAAGAAGAUCCGGUUCUACAGUGAUCAAGAUUACUAUAUCACUUCAGAGAACUCCCCAACUACCUCGAGAUUAGCGUCGGGGCGACAUGCACCGCUCCGCAAUCGUACAGCUAGGGCGAAUAGUAUUGCGUCGAAUGUACUUCAGCCCGUCGACGGCAAUUUGCGGAACCUAAGCGCUGGCCAGAUGGCAAAUAAGAAGCGGACAGAAAACUUAGGUUCCUCAACGAGGAUAUCUUCGUUAGCGGAAGAUGGUGACGAAACUCGGCCGCUACCGUGGAGGAGAUUUAUGAGGUCACCCCAAAGUGAUACAAAGGCGCGAGCGUCGUCUAGAGUACUCCGGCUAUCGAACAUCCUCGAAGGAGCACCGCCAACAAGCCCAACAUUGCAGACCAAGUCGACUACGAACGCUUCUGCAACCACUCCAGGCCGCCCGUCACAUAAAAGCGUGAGAGGCAACCUCAAGACGACUAGUAGCGAAGCAAAUGCUAUGUCCACCACAACACUAGCAACUUCGGACUCCCCAAGACGUCAUCCGAAGACAAGGCGCGCAGAGAAUAAUUCGGGUAAAUUACAGCCUCAGUCGGGAUGUUCGAGCCAAAAUGAAACGAUCCCCAACGAAAAGCCUUGCAGAGCCCGGCCGCCUCACCAACUUGGUCUUGAAGAUUUCAGAAUAAACCCAGACUACAACAAUGGUCUAAAUUAUGCCUAUGACGAGGUUGUCCGGAAAAGAGACGAGCGCAAACACGCCAGUGGCUGCACGCGUCCCGGUUGUUGCGGGGAGAAGUUCUCCGCCAUGGCGCGUUUCGGCAUCCCUCUUGAUAUACCUGGAAAAGCAACAAGUGACCGUGAAAUUCUGGAAGAAUACCUUGGGGAGGACAUGAGUAAAAUAGACACACUCAACUCUAAGAUCCGUGAUAGCCUUUUAGUCGAAGCAAAGACCAGGGUCUUUGCCAACCGAUUCGGAAAGCAUAGGCAUCAACAUCACAGGUCGGGAACGCCCCCUGGGUUCUGGCGUACAGAGAUGCCUGGUACACAGGAACUGGAAGAGGACCGCGAGGAGGCGGGCAGACUGGAAAGGGAGAAAGUGCAGGAGCGCUAUAGAGAAGCUAUGCGCCCAGGUGGACUGUGGAAGUUCGCAGAUGAGUGA